UCUUUUUGUACUCAAUGUACUGGCAGUCAGACUGGAUCGUGUUUGGUUUCAAGGAAAUUAGUACACAAUUAUGGCCACCAGACAUGUGAAUAGUACCAUUAGUAGUACGAUGCAGGGUGGGAAUCAAGACGAAGAUUCAAGUUCCAACAGCACAAAUUCUAAAAUUUCACGGAACAAUCAGUGGGUAAAACUUAAUGUGGGAGGUACUUACUUUUUGACUACGAAAACUACUUUAUGUAGAGAUCCGAAGUCGUUUUUAUAUCGACUUUGCCAGGAGGACCCAGAUCUUCAUUCUGAUAAGGAUGAUACAGGUGCUUACCUUAUUGAUAGAGAUCCAAGUUAUUUUGGGCCUGUUCUGAAUUACAUGCGACAUGGAAAGCUAGUCAUUGACAAAGGUCUUGCAGAGGAAGGGGUUCUAGAGGAAGCUGAAUUCUAUAACAUCACAGAUUUAAUCAAACUUGUCAAAAACAGAAUACAGGAAAGAAAUGCAAGUCUGACAAAGGAUUCUAAUAAGCAUGUAUAUAGAGUUCUUCAGUGUCAUGAAGAUGAACUUACACAAAUGGUAUCCACAAUGUCUGAUGGAUGGAGAUUUGAACAGCUAAUAAACAUUGGAUCCUCCUACAACUAUGGCAAUGAUGACCAUGCAGAAUUUCUAUGUGUGGUUUCUAGAGAAUACCCAGGGUUAACUUUGAAUUCUUCAGAACGUGAUUUUGAACCUACAGACCGUGCCAAAGUGAUACAGCAACGUGCAGCAAGGAUGUGAACUACAGUUAUUGCCUCAUCAAGAUAACAAGGUUAAGUUACAGACAACUGUGAUACCAUAGUAGAUAAGUCACAUGGUGGCACCAUGCACCACUAUUUAGAUUUCAAUCCAAGCGUAUGGUGCCCACAUGCCCUGUUAAAAAAAUAAAUUUAAAAAAAAAGUGUUGCUCAUCAGCAUAAAAUUUUGAUUGUGUAUAUUAAUUUUGUGUUGUUUUUAUAGUACUUUUGGGUCAUUUUAUACAAACAUUUUAUGUGAAAACACUUCUUCUUUUAUUAACUAAACAACAAAUAUAAGGUCCAGUGCCGUUGUCUGUAGCCUUUUGAUUGUGAGUAGCACAGAAAUCGGUCAUUUUUAGCAGUGCCUGGUAAAGCUUCAAGACAACUUUGAUGUCAUGCUCACUUGGUGAAGAAUAAACAAAUGCAAGUGUUGUACAUUUCUUGGUUAACUUAUUGCUAUUAAAACAGUGUGUAUAUUUUCUUUAUUUAAUAUGUACUUUUGUUCACAAGGUAUUAAUUAUUAAAUUUAGAACUUCUACAAAGCUAUUGCGUUUUUUUUUCUAUUGAAGUUUUCAGAGCUUUUACGAUUAUAUUUUCAGAAUAAUGACGACAUGGAAGGUGUUUUAAUCCCAAACCCUCUUGAUAACAUAAGUAGUUGUUGUUCCCUAAAUAGUAUAGCUUAAUCUUUUUUUUACCUUUCUGAUUCUAGCCUCACCUUGACUUUUUCUAUAUUUGAUCUUUGUGAAAAUUACUAUUUUUUUGUAACUCUAUUUGGUUGCUUUUGUAUGUAAGUGUAGUAUUUCAAAUAACUGGUGUAAAACUUGCUAAAUGAAACUUUCAUCAGUUAGCUUGGUAUUAACAAUUCCUCUUUUGUUUAUGAGGCAUCCUUUUAAGGAAUAGUUCGAUGUGAAAAAUGUAUGUUUAAUUUAUGCUUACAUUCCUACUGUAAUAUUGUUUGAAAUUAUGGUGACCAGGUAUUUUAAGUACAAUGGGAAGAAAAAAACAUAUAAUCUGAGAAGCCUCUAGCCUUCUCUACUUAUUAUUUAUCAUAUUUCUUAUGGUAGAAAAGAUACAAGAGUAAAUUGAUUACUUGAAAAUGUUUAUCACAGUAUAAUACUCAUAUCAUUGAUUUGGUAGUAUAUGGUGCUUUUUUACUUUUCAAGUUGAAUUAUGUUAUUUUCAAAUUUACUGGACAACUAUUACAAGAGAUUGAGUGCAAAAGGUAGAUAUGAGUUUUGAUUCAGUGCUUUUGUCUUGUUUCCCAUGUUGAUUAGUUAAAGUGUGAUAUGUAAUUUGUGUCCUAUUUCUGAAAUAUACAUUUUUUUUUAAUUAAGGACAAAAAUAUAAUAUGUGAACAAUGACUUGAGUUUAUGAUAACACAGGAACAAAAACAUCUUGGUGUCAUAACUGAAACAAAGUUUUUACUCUGUAGUAAUGAACCUGCUGUACAACCUUUCAUACUUUACUCAGGUUGCAACUGUUUAUUGUAAUUUUUUCAGCUAUAUAUUACAGAAGUUUAUAGAAUACAUUCAAAAAUUAUAAACAUCUUAACUGUUUUACAAAUAUUUUUAGGUUUUUUGUAAAAUCUUAUAACAACUACACACAAUCUAAGUGGUGAAAAGUUAAUUUUGUGUGUUGUCCCUUUGUAGUUUGUUUGCUUCUAUGUAAUGUACCAUAUUAAAUGUAAAACUGUACUACGGAAUUCUAAAGAGUAUGAAUAUAUGUAUUAAUAUUAUUAUUUAAAAUAGGAAGUUGGAUUGGAAGGUUAACAUAAUAUUUCACUGAUUAAUGUAAAUACAAUCCACUUAAACAUUUUGCUUCCACGGAAAACCUGCUCUAACUUUUGAGAAAUUCCUUAAGUCAAGAAUUAGUUAAUGUUCCAAAAUAAUGUUUUAUCUUGAAAACUACGGAAACUUUAAGAUGCAAAAUUUCACAACAGGAGUAAAAUACAUUCUUCAUAGUAAUGACUCGAAGGCUUAAUUCGUCCUUAACUUUUUUACACUAUCAGUUUAGAAGGUGUUGGAAUCCCUCAUGUGGUAAAAAAAUAACAGAAUAUUAUGACGGAUAAUGUUUUUCUCACCAUAUCAGAAGCUUAAAUAUCUCAAGUUGUUAAAUUUUGAGUGAUACGAACACAGUACAGUUAACUCAUUUUUGACUUUGCACUAAAACAAAUGAGUGUACAGGUUGUCAAACCAUAUUUCAUUUUAUUUGUCAUAUGUUUCACUUAAAAAUAUGAUUUUUCUUUGUUGUAACAAAUUUUUCUCUCCAUUUUAAGUACAUACAUCUUUGAAGCUGAAAAAUAAAAUAACAAAUAAGAAGUUUAGUAUCGCAUGAAAGUUUGUAAGAAAUUGAAAAAAUUUUAAACUUGAAAUUAUGCAAGUCUUACAUUGUGGGGGAGACCAAUGUUCAAUCUCAGAGAGAACCUGAUUUAGCAAACAUUUGACACUUCUGGGGUGAAAAUGUGAUUGUAAGUAUGGAUGUAGUCUUAUUGCAGAUACAUGUUUAUAAAAUGAGUCUUAAUUAAUCAGUGUUUUUUGUGAAUGUGGCUAUAGUUCUUGAAUAUAGUAGGGAUUAACAUGCUUGUACAAGUUUUCUGAACACAGCAGCGGUUUGUUAUUAUCCUAACAGAAAUGUUGGUCAUGACAUCUAGUUAGAUUUACGUUUGUUGUGUUCUAAAUAAAUUACUAAGAACUUCA